AUGGCAGUCAAGACUCAGGCCCUCGUUUCCAGGGAGGUGAAUGUCCCUCCCAAGCUCGAAGAGAUCACCCUCGACGAUAUCCGCGCCGACGAGGUGCUCGUUGAGAUCCACGCUACCGGGAUCUGCCACACAGACUUCUCCUGCAUGAACGGGACACUUCCCGCUGCAUUCCCCAGCGUGCUCGGCCACGAAGGCGCCGGGGUGGUCCUCGAAGUCGGUGAGAAGGUCAAGCACGUCAGGAAGAACGACAAAGUCCUCCUCAGCUUCGACCAUUGCGGAGCCUGCUCCCAAUGCGACAAAGGCCAUCCCGCCUACUGUUCCGAAUGGGUCACUCGCAACUUCGGCCAGAAGCGAUCGGACGGAAGCCUGACGCUAGCGGAUGCUAACGGCGCCAAAGUGCAUGGCAACUUUUUCGGGCAGAGCUCCUUUGCGCGACACACGAUCGUCAGCAGCGCUUCGGUCGUCAAGGUCCCCUCUGAUACCCGCCUCGACCUCUUCUCCCCGCUCGGAUGCGGAAUUCAGACUGGCGCUGGCGCCAUCCUGAACACGUUGGACUUGCGCAAUGCAAAAACGAUCAUCGCGAUCGACUUGCAGCCGCAACGGCUGGAGCUGGCCAAGAAGCUGGGCGCGACACAUGCCGUGCUUGGCUCGGACACCGACGUCGUGGCUCAGAUCCAGAAGAUUUCGGGCAGCAACGGUGUCGACAACUCCGUCGACUGUGCCACCGUCGGUGCUCCUACUCCCGGUGUGCGUGCAGGUGUCGACGUCUUCUCACACCUCGUCAUGGGUCGACAGUAUCUCGGAUGCUGCGAGGGUGACAGCGAUACACAGAAGUUCCUGCCUUACCUGAUCGAGCAGCAUGCAAGGGGUCAAUUCCCCCUCGACCAGAUGGUCACCUAUUACCGUGUCAACGAGUUUGAGCGGACGUUCAAGGACGUCAAAGAGGGCAAAGCUCUGAAGGCUGUUCUUCUGCGGACAUAG